ACUAUAAUUAUUGCUAUAGUAUCAGUUAUACUUAGUGGUUAGAGGUUUAGUGAAUAGAAAGAUGACUAAGGAGGAGUACGUGACAUUCGAAACCAUCGAGACUUCGAAGCAUGAGAUACUUUCGUGUUCGUAUUCGCAGUGGUAUGAGUUAUUGAAGAGUCAUACUGUAGAAUCAAAAAUCAUCAAGCCAUUACCACAGUCGUUUAUAGAGUACUUAAAUAGUGACAGUAUAAAAUUGCCUCCAGCUCAUAACUACGAUCCAGAGCUAGUGAUAAACAGUGAUAAUGAGUACAGUGACUGGGAAGAAGAUGAACAGGAACAGGAAGAUGAAGAGGCAGGAGAUGCAGAUGUAGAUGCAGAUGCAGAUGGAAAUAAAGACGGAGAUGGACAUGAACAUCAGAUUACGGUGUCUGACUUUCAGGAUCUACAUGAUCAGAUAAUAAGUAAUAUACACGAGUUAGGAGGAGUAGUAACUCCAAAGUUAAACUGGUCCGCUCCUAAAGAUGCCAAGUGGAUGAUGCCGGAUAACACCAUCCGAUGUGACCAUGUCAAUGAUAUAUAUUUAUUAUUAAACACAUCGGAUCAUAUAGUCGAUGAUUUGGAUUAUCCAUUUGCUAGUGUUGAUUUGGAACAAGAUGGUUUGAAUUCUAAUGAUGUGAAUGUGGAUGUCGAAUAUGAGCUUGUGCUUCGAAAAUGGAUGGAUAUCAACCCCGCCUUAGAGUUUCGAACUUUUAUAAAGGAUAAUAAAAUUAUUGGCAUAUCUCAACGCGAUUUAAAUCAUUAUAUGUAUUUAGAAAGUCUUAAAGAAACCAUACAUGAUAAAAUUCAUAAUUUUAUCUACGAUACAGUUAUACCAGUUUUAUCUGAAAAAUUAAAUUUAUCAAAGUACAUCGUCGAUGUAUACAUACCCAGACCAUUCAAUAAGGUAUACAUUGUAGAUAUUAAUCCAUUUACUAGGAAAUCAAGUCCAUUACUAUUCACUUGGAAUGAGCUUUUGCUCAUAGAUACUUUGGGCCACGAUGAAGAUAACUACGAAUUCAAGUUGGUCAAUGAAACCAAUUUGGGUAGAUUUGCUAAAAAGGAAUAUAGUGAAAGUCAGGUACCUUAUGAUGUAGUAGAUGCAUCUAUGAAUUCUGAGGCUAUGAUAGAGUUAGCGAGAGAGUGGGAUAAGUUACAAGUUCAAACAGAGUAGGAUAGAAAAAUAAGUUUUAAGUGUAUGAAGUGUAUGUCUUAAGUGUAUCUAGUUACGAUCUAGUGUAGUUACGAUCUAGUGUAGUUACGAUCUCGUGUAAAUAGUAGUUACGAUUUAGUGUAAGUAGUAGUUACGGAUAUGUGCAUAGAUCAGCUUGAAUGGUAAUAUCCAUUUGUGUAUUUAAACAUCUGACUCCCCCACCAUUUUUGCAGGUGGGACCCCUUCCCAAAUAGGAAGUUGAUCCACCCUAUAAUUACGACUUCUUCUUACAAAGCUAUACUGAACAGUCAAUUCAAAUGCUGAAACAAGUCAUCG